AUGAAUGUCCUAGUUUAUGCUGGGCCAGGUACUACGACAGAAAGUGUUAAGCACUGUUUAGAAACGCUUCGACUUCACUUAUCUCCAUACAAUGCAGUUACUUCUAUUUCAGAGAAUUCGUUAUUGAACGAUCCAUGGAUGUAUAAAACUUCGUUAUUGGUUUUGCCAGGUGGAGCAGAUUUACCAUUUUGCCGGAGUUUAAACGGGGAUGGUAAUCGAAAAAUUUCACAGUUUGUCAAAAAAGGAGGUAAAUUUAUCGGGUUUUGUGCUGGUGGGUAUUAUUCGUCUAGUAGAGUCGAGUUUGAGGUAGGUGAUGCAAAAAUGGAGGUUUCGGGUUCCAGGGAAUUGGGGUUCUUUCCUGGAAUUGCUAAAGGAUGCGCUUAUAAGGGCUUCAUGUAUGAAUCACACGGUGGGGCCAAAGCUACUAAAUUGGCUGUGAACACUAAGGCAUUGCCAAAUUGUGUUUCAGAAGCUUAUAACUACUAUAAUGGCGGAUGUGUUUUCUUAAAUGCGUCGAAAUAUUCUAAUGUCGAAAUAUUGGCCAGAUACACUGAACCAUUAGAUGUCGAAGACGAAGAGAAGGCGGCGGCCAUAUACUGCAAAGUUGGAAAGGGGGAUGUAUUGUUGACGGGUUCACACCCGGAAUUUACUCCUCUGUUAUUGAGUUCCUCCGAUGGUGAUAGAAAUUUCCAACAAGUAAUUGAUACAUUGAAUGAAAACGAUUUUAACAGAAGAGUGUUUAUGAAGGAAUGCUUAAAAAAAUUAGGUUUGCGUGUUAAUGAUGAUGUGAAUACAUCAAUUCCUAAGAUAACGCCGAUUUACUUACUGUCUAAUCUAAACCCAACAAACAUGACUCAAUUAAUGAGUGAUUUAAAAGAAAACCUCGAUUUUGUUAAUGGUAAUACCUUCGAAGAUAACCAUGAUACUUUUAGCUUCCACGAAGAGACAGAGGAAAUAAAUAACUAUACUUCCAGUUCAGAAAAUGAAAUUGAAGAUCCACACGCUGCCAUAAAACACAUUAAGGUGUUUACGUCGAAAAACUUACCCAGCAGCAAAGAGACUCCAUAUUUUGAUAUGUCUACUUACUUUGAAACUCUAGCUAUGUUAAGUAAAUACAGCGGUAAAGUUGGCGACUUUGGAUCUGUUAUUGGUUAUGGAGAGGUUGUUAGCUCAACCAAUGCUAUGCUUGAGUCGAAUCCUCACUUGCUUCGAUAUUUGCCGAAUGGAUUCACACUAGCAGCAACAACACAGGUAGCAGGAAGAGGUAGAGGAGGUAAUGUUUGGAUUAAUCCCAAAGGUGUGAUGGCACAAUCUAUAUUGUUCAAGAUCUCAUCAGGUCAAAACCAAUCCUCUUCUAUAGUUACGUUACAAUAUUUAUGUGGUUUAGCUUUAAUUGAGCUGAUACUAGGAUAUGGUAGUAUACAACCAGGGAAUGGCGCGGGAUAUGAAGACUUGCCAGUCAAAAUCAAGUGGCCGAACGAUAUAUUUGCUUUGAAGCCAGAGUAUUUCAAUUCAUUGGAAGACAAAAAUGAAUUUACCAAGACAGUUGAUGGGGAUGACGAGAAAUAUGCAAAGAUUUCGGGAGCCUUGAUUAAUUCACAAUUUUUGAAUAACCAAUUCCAUCUAGUUUGGGGUGUCGGUGUUAACGUUUCAAACUCUGCACCCACAACUUCCCUAAACCUUGUAUUAGCAAGAUUAAACGAAAUAAGAGAAAAGAACGGUUUGAAACCAUUACCUCCGUUCAAGCAUGAGAUAUUAUUGGCAAAACUAAUGUACACCAUAGACCAAUUCUAUAAUGUGUUUAAGCAUUCAGGCAUAAAACCAUUUUUGCCAUUAUAUUACAAGCGGUGGUUCCAUACCUCACAAAUUGUUAAGCUAGAUGCACAUGGAAAUGGUCAAACAAGAACUUGCAUUAUCAGGGGUAUUACAUCCGACUAUGGAUUACUUAUCGCUGAAGAUAUCAAUAAUGGUGAAACAUUAGAAUUGCAACCUGAUGGGAACUCAUUUGAUAUUUUCAAGGGGUUAGUUUACAAGAAGACUUAA